AUGGCAAAUCAUACUAUGGUGACAACAUUCAUUCUUCUAGGACUGACAGAUGACCCAAAUUGGCAAAUUGUCAUUUUCGCUUUUCUUCUUAUAACAUAUUUAUUGAGUGUUACUGGAAACCUAAUCAUUAUUCUGCUCACCUUGCUGGAUUUGCAUCUCAAAACUCCGAUGUAUUUCUUCCUUCGGAAUUUUUCCACACUAGAAAUAUCAUUGACUUCUGUCUGCAUCCCAAGAUUCCUGUACAGCUUAAUGACUAUGGAUAAAACAAUUACUUAUAAUGAUUGUGUGACACAAUUAUUCUUCACCAUAUUCUUGGGCGAAUCAGAGUUUUUCCUGCUGGCAGCCAUGUCCUAUGACCGCUAUGUAGCCAUCUGCAAACCCCUUCAUUAUAUAAACAUUAUGAAUAACAGAGUGUGCACACAACUGGUUGCUACCUCUUGGUUGGCUGGUUUGUUAACAAUCUCUCCUGGACUUAUUAUGGGUUUGGAGUUGGAAUUCUGUGAUGGCAAUGCUAUUGACCACUUCUUUUGUGACUACUCUCCUGUCCUGAAACUCUCCUGUACAGACACAAGGGUCAUUGAAUUGUUAAGUUUUAUUUUAGCUAUUUUCACACUCCUGUUUACUUUGUCACUUAUAAUGUCUUCUUAUUUAAAUAUUAUGAGAACAAUUCUGAAGAUACCCUCAACACAGCAGCGAAAGAAGGCUUUUUCUACGUGUUCAUCCCAUCUGAUAGUUGUCUCUCUGUCUUAUGGCAGCUGUAUUUUUAUGUAUAUUAAACCUUCUGCAGAGGAAAGGGUUGCUUUAAACAAAGGAGUUGCAGUCAUCAUCACUUCAGUUGCACCUGUUUUAAAUCCUUUCAUUUAUACGCUAAGAAAUAAGCAAGUGAAACAAGCCCUGAAGGAUACAGUAAAGAGGUAUAUCUUUACUACUUUAAAAUAG